AAAUAUUAAUUAAUAAUAAUGUUCAUUGUUAAUAAAACGCCUAAUACUACUUCAUAAUCUCAACCAGACCUUCAAGAAUAUUAGGAUUUUUUUAAUGAUGAGGAUCCACGUAAAAAUUAGAGUGUAACAUUAUAUGAUAGAGUUAACAAUCUCAACUCGAAGAAAAAUUCAAAAUAGUAAUUGUAUUAAUAAUUAUCCAAUUUAUCCCUAACCAAAACUACAUUCAAUAGUUUCAAGACCCUUUAUCAAUUUACAAAAAAGUAAUUCAGUUUUUUUCUAUUUGAAGAACCCUAACAUAAAUUAAAUCGAAAUAGGAAAUAACAAUAACUUAAAAUUUUGUUUCUUCAAUGGAAGAAUCAAAUUCAUUUUUGUUUAAUGUAGUCAAAAAAAUGUCAUCUUUUAUCAAAACUGAUAAGGUUAUUUUACCACCACAAAAAAUAGUUGGAAAUUGGUUUGAAUAAUUGAAAUCUAAAUGUUUGAAAAAGAAAAACUCUGAAAAUUCAUAAUAUCCUAAUCACAAUUCCGGAUAAAGAGAUGAAGAUGAUGAUUAUAUUAUCAUAUGAUUUUUGCCA